AUGGCAUUAAGACCAAUUCUGGUCUCAAAGUAUAACCCACCAUACGCUUCACAAACCUUAAUCACCACCUGCCAUGGAAAACCCAGGAUUCAGUACUUCAAGGAAAUGCCUCUAAAGAAGCUUGUCCACUCAAACAUCAAUAGAAGAGUAGGAGUCAUAGCAACAAUGGCUUAUUUACUAUUGAUAAAGGAAAAGAAUAUGAUUGCAUGUGGAGUUGACCUAACAAUGGUAGCACCAGAGCAGAUAGUUGAAGAAGCAGAAAAUGGGGUUCAAAAUCAUGCAAAAGCUUUGCUGCAAGUGAAAGAUUUGACAGAAUCAAAGUCCUGGGGUGAAGCCCAGAGGGAGUUAAGGAAAAGUUCUUCAUUGUUGAAGCAGGAUAUUUAUACUAUCAUUCAAGGAAAACCUAGAAGUGAAAAGGCCUCAACUUAG